AUGUUAUUCAUAGCUUAUAUUUCUAUGUUAGCUUUAGGACAUGGUGACAAGCUGCCUAGUGGACAACAUAACUUUCCUUUCCAGUUUAUGCUGCCACCCACCUUACCAUCUUCAUUUGAACACCAGUAUGGACAGGUCAGAUACUUGUUGAAGGCCACCCUUGACAAGCCUUUGAAAUUCUAUCACCACACUAAACUGCCAUUUACAGUUGUUUCUCUGCUAGAUUUGAAUGCCAUUCCAGAAGCUUCGCGACCAAUGCAGAAUCAGGUAGCAAAGACUCUAUGUUGUUUAUGUUGCGAAUCAGGACCAAUAACUGGCGUUUUACGAGUAGACAAAUCUGGAUAUGUUCCAGGGGAAGCUAUCUACCUUCAGGGUGAAAUACAGAAUUUGUCAGAUACAGCAUGUUCUGUAGAAGUCAAGCUUAAUCUGUUACACGUCAACCCGUCUAGUGUGUCAACACGUUUAGUAGUUCCCGUCGAUAUCAUCAUUGGAUCAAUACCAUUGAGAAGUUCAUUUCAAAGUAUCAUGCAACCUCAACCAGCUAUUGCACCACAUGCCAUAAAUAUUAAUGUAAAAGGUCAAGGUCCAGGAGCAUUUCCAUCAGCACCAGAAUUACGUUUAGUGAUUUAA